ACAGUUCCUACUCCACCCCCCACAACAACGCCUUUUCCGACAACACCUUUACCAACUACGCCAGAUCCUUGCCAAAGGAUGGGCUGCAGAGCCCCAUACAAUAUCGGCUGCCGUGUUGUAGACAAUAAGGCGGAGUGUUUGUGUCCAACAUGUGAGAAUACCCGUCGUCGACCUGUUUGUGCAACAGAUGGUGUCCAGGACUUAAACGAGUGUCAUCUAAGACGCCAAGCCUGCGAGGGAGAUAUUAAGACCAUCGCUGUCGCCAAGGAGGAGCCUUGUGAUAAAGAGUGUAGCGCCGUUGUAGACAUUGCAUUUGUAAUUGACUCAUCUGGAAGUAUCGGACGCAAGAACUGGCAGAAAAUGAAGCGAUUCCUCAAGGCGUUUGCCAGUAGACUCGAUGUUAGUCGCUCUGCUACCCACAUAGCAGCUGUAGCAUAGAGUAACAAUGCUGAAGUGGUAACAAGAUUUAAUGACAUCCAGAGUACGGAAGAGGUAAAUAGAAAGUUUGAUGGGAUGCGUUGGCAACGAGGCUUCACGUACACGGACAAAGCUCUCCUCCUUGUUGACCGAGAUCUGUUACAGACAGCAAACGGGAUGAGAUCUAGUGCACCUAAGUUGGCGGUUGUGAUCACAGACGGUAAACAAACCACGUCAAAGCCUUACACUAAGCUUUCAGUGGCCUCUCAAGGAAUGAAAAACAAAGGUGUCACUGUGUAUGCUCUUGGAGUUGGCAAUGGAGCUGACCGUGCGGAGCUUUUGGAGAUUUCGUCUGGGCCACAGUACGUUUUUACCUCUUCAUCAUUUGAAGGACUUGAAAAUCUCGGCCCACUGCUGACAAGAGAAUUUUGUAAAGAUAGGGUAACUACCACAGUUUCAACUCAAUCCCUGACAACAACGCCUUCACCAGCAACCCCAGAUCGCACAGAUCCUUGCGAAUCGUCGGGCUGCAGAGCUCCAUACAACAUCGGCUGUCGUGUAGUAGAGAAUCAAGCGGAAUGUAUUUGUCCACUCUGUCCCGAUGUUCUAAAGCCUGUUUGUUCAAAUGAUGGUGUACAGGAUAGGAGCUUGUGCAAUAUAAGACGGCAAUCUUGUUUGGGAAAUAAAGUAGCUUAUUCGAUAAAAACAGGACCAUGUGACAAGGAUUGUCACCCGGUCUUGGACAUCGCUUUUAUCGUCGACUCAUCCGGAAGUAUUGGCAAGACAAACUGGGAAAGAACAAAAAGGUUCCUGAAAGCUUUGGUUAGCAAAUUAGACGUUAGUCCUGGGCGUACACACGUGGCAGCUGUAGCUUACAGUACUGACCCUUUUGUGAUUAUGAGAUUCAACGACGUACAGGAUACAGACGGGGUGAAUCGAGUGUUGGAUGGAAUGCGUUGGCAGCGCGGCUUAACCUUUACAGACAAAGCUCUCCAACUCGCAGAUAGAGAUAUCCUACAAACCUCAAACGGCAUGAGGCCAAAUAUAGCGAAGAUUGUCAUUCUUAUCACUGAUGGGAAGCAGACGAAAGAUGGACAAUCCCUCAGCCUCCUGGAAGCCUCGGAGGGCAUCAAGAAAAAAGGGGUCACCAUGUACGCUAUCGGUGUCGGUAACGGAGUAGACAGAAAUGAAUUGGAGGAAAUUGCAUCCAGUCCUGACAAGGUUUUAACGUCCUCUUCCUUCCGAGAACUUGCAGCAAUUGCACCACAGAUGCGAAAAGCGAUCUGCCAAAGUCCCAAGGCCACGCAUUUAGCCGACAUUAUUUUCUUAAUGGAUGCAUCCAGGGAAACUACCUCUACAUAUGCUACAGAGAAAGAUCUCAUCAAGUCUUUCGCCAGGUACUUAAACAUCGAUCCACAAGGAACUCGAGCAGCACUUAUUGCAUUCAGUGGCAGACCUUCGGUAAUCUCCGACUUCGAAAGCUUCAGAUCACUACCCGAAUUUGAAUCAAAGGUUGACAAAGUUCGUCAUUUUGGGGGAAGCCGCAGUGUUAGCGAUGCUUUAAGAGGAGCGGCAGGGAUGUUUCCAAAGUCUCCCUCUUCGGUCUCCAAAAUAAUCUUCCUUGUCACUUCUGGGAAACCACUGUUACCGCAGGACAAGAAGUCAGCUGGUAACGUCGUUGAUGAGCUAAGCGACAUAGGAGUGAGGACGUAUCUUGCCCUGGUUGGCCCCUCUCCUAAUAUUCAAGAGUAUAGAUUCUUAGUGGACGAUACAAAAAGUGUAUUUACCGUAGAAUCUAGCAGUGAUGUUCCGAAGCAGAUCAAUCAAGUUGGAAGUUACAUUUUGACUGAAACGGUUACACCCAAGAAGCUGAAUCUCACCACGUAUGUUUUGUUUGUUCUUGACUCGUCCGAAGCGGUAUCUCCGGCUAACUUCAAGAAUCAAAAGGAAUUUGUAAAAUCCAUAAUGAGCCAACUAAACUUGUAUCCACGCGACAGCGACUCCCGAGUCGGGCUUAUAGUUUACAGCUACAACGCAAGAGUACUUUUGAAUCUAGAUAAUCGGGAAAGCAAGUCCUCUCUGGAAAGAAUAGUGGAUAAUCUGCCACACUUGAAAGGAGGCAGAAGAAUUGAUAGAGCUUUAAAGGCGGCGACCGACGUCCUGAAAGACGUUGGCACUGAUAAACCGAAGUUUGUCAUCUUGGUGGCUGCAGGCCAGCAAGAACCAGAUGCUUUGUCAUUCGCGGCUGCUGUCAAACCUCUGCACCAGACUGGAACGAAAACGCAUGUCUUGGCAGUUGGGGAUGACGUGGAUCCCAGUUACUUCAAGGGAGAGGAUAAAGUUAAGUCAAGUGUUAUUUCAGUUCCUUCUUUCACGGAUCUCCCUCAAAAGACAGCAAUGCUCACAGAGGACCUUUUGAAAGAAUACGUUGCUCCCACACCCUCAAAGACAACGCCCGAGCAACCUAAAGAUCCCGCUGGGAAAACAACAACUUCUCUACCGUCUUCAGUUGUUUCCACAACCUUAACUCCAAUCCAAACAACGCCCAGACCAACAGAUGGAGAUUCCCCUCCAAUGGACGUCGUCUUUCUUUUAGACACAUCUAACCGUGUCACCCAAAGCGACCUUGCAAAACAAAAGGAAUUUGUAAAACUCAUGGCUCAACGCUUCGAUGUUUCUCCAACUGCUUCCCAUGCUGCAGUACUCAGUUACGGCGACAGAACUAUUUUGAUUGGUGGAUUAUACGACUAUGUAAGGGGGAAACGGUUUGAGGACAACGUAGACUCUGUAACUCUCAUUGGAGGAAAGAGAAACAUCCAGGAAGCUCUGAGACAAGCUACGAACCACCUCGCUUCAUUUGGACGCGAAAACGUCUCCCACGUUGUCUUUUUGAUAACAUACGGACGGCAGUCUCCGGAACUUGGUUCUCAACGAUUGCAAGAGAUGGUGCAGAACGUCAGGGACACUAAUGCAAUCCUUUAUGUCGUCGGGAUAGGGAUCGACGCCGACGAUCCGCAGUUAGGACUUAUUGUGGAGAGACCAACUGACCUUUUCGAGAUUCCUAGGUCUGGUGACUUGAAACUUAACGUGCCAUCAAUAGUUUAUUAUUCAAUUUCUAGAGCUGAAUCCAAGGUGCCAGAAGAUUACGAAGCUGAGAUCAUCUAUGUUGUAGACUCUUCUUCUAUGGUGGGUCCAGUUAACUAUCGGAACGGGAAAGAUUUCAUCAAGGGUCUGGCGCGAGCGCUUAAUCACAGUCCCAACUAUACACAGUCAGCCGUCAUCAUAUAUGAUACCUUUCCUCACUUUGCCAUCCGUAUGGGAACGUACCCAGAAAUUGGUCCCUUUUCAGAUGCUGUCGACAAGCUUCAGUACCGUGGCGGACAAAGUGGCGGACUAGAUUUAGCUUUGCAAUUUGCACAAAGAGGUUUUUCCCAAGAUCGCUCCGAUGUGCCGAAAAUUAUUGUAUUGAUUACUUCAAGGGAUUCGCCAAACACGGCAACCAUCGAUUCUCUGGCCGCAACCCUACGUCGAGAGGAUAUAAAUGUAACUGUCCUGGGUAUGGGACCUGAGUCAAACUUUCCAAAUGUUCGCCGCUUGGUUGUUCGACCAGACGACUUUCUGACACCGAAAGGAUUUGAUUAUUUGCCAAGCUAUGUUCCAACGGUUGCAACCACAAUUCUAUCAGGGUCGCCAAAUCUUCCAACAGACGGAGGCUGGGGCCCAUGGGAUGAAUGGGGCAAAUGUAGCAAGACUUGUGGGACCGGACGACAGACCAGAGAACGCAGAUGCGACAGUCCUAGGCCACAAAAUGGAGGGGAGCAAUGUCAAGGACCCAGUCAGCAGUUACGGAAUUGCAAAAUCAUGGAUUGUCCCGUGAAUGGAGGAUGGGGCCCUUGGACUGAAUGGAGCAGAUGCACAAAGACCUGUGGGACAGGUUUACAGACCCAAGAACGCAGAUGCGACAGUCCAAGACCACAAAAUGGAGGGAGGCAAUGUCGAGGUCCUAGUCAGCAGUCACGGGAGUGCAAAAUCAGGGAUUGUCCCGUAGUGCAUGGAGGCUGGGGCCCUUGGAGUGAAUGGAGCAGAUGCACCAAGACCUGUGGAACAGGAUUACAGACCCAAGAACGCAGAUGCGACAGUCCCAGGCCGACAAGUGGUGGCAGGCAAUGUACAGGACCUAGUCAGCAGUCCCGCGUUUGCAGCAUGAGGAGCUGUGAGGCUCAAGUCUGCACCGCCAGCGUGGAUAUCAUCUAUCUCAUGGACUCCUCAGGAAGCACCAACGACUUCGAGAAACAGAAAGAUUUUGUUCGAGAUCUGGCGCGAAUUUUCAGCCUCGAAUCCAGUCGUGCUGCUGUUGUCUCCUACGACGACAAAGCGACCGCACGUGUCAACUUUGAUGACUUCGAUAGCACCUUUGAAUUUGCAAAUGCUAUCGACCGCAUUAGUCAGACAAAAACACAAGGGGGAUCUCGGAUCGAUCUUGCGCUGGAGAAAACAUCGGAUAUGUUUGAAUCUGCGCGGACAAAUGUCCCAAAAGUGUUGAUCGUCCUAACAAAUGGCACUCAAUGGCACUCGAUGGUACUCGACCAACCAGUUCAACUCCUUCGUGAUCAAAAUGUGCGGAUCUUUGCAGUAGGCAUUGGGUCCAAUGUUGAUAUUAAUAAGCUGAAAUCAUUUGUGGAAAGCGAUGCAGAUGCUUUUCUGGUGGAUUUAUUCGUAGAUCUUCUUCGCAAGUCGCAGACAUUUGCUGAAAACACUUGCAGUCAAAUCAGUAAUUCUACCAAAUGUGUCCAAGGAGUAGACAUUGCUUUCCUCAUGGACUCAUCAGAGAGCAUUACGGACGAAGAUUUUGAGAGAGAAAAGAUAGCCGUGAAAGAGAUUGCUGGCCGAUUCUUAAGUGCUUCCCCAGACAGCCGCGCUGGUGUCAUUAUGUACAGUGGUCGGCCUGAACUAAUGGUAGACUUUGGCAGUCAAAAUUCAAUCAGCGAAUUCGAGUCUGCCGUGGACGACCUGACACACAAGCGAAGUAUGACAAGAAUAGACAGUGCCCUCCGCUUUGCAGCGGAAAGAUUAUUUUCAAAUCCACGCCGCUCUGCGAGUUCCGUUGCUGUGGUGAUGACUGACGGGAUACAGACGCCGGGACCUGGAGUCGAGCCGUUAAGAACAGCUGUGCUACCUCUUCGGGAGAAGGGAGUUCGCGUUCUUGCGGUCGGCGUGGGACCGAGGGUGGACCGAAGUGAAUUAAAAGACUUGGUAACGAGUGCAAACGAUGUGUUCCAAAUGAGUUCUUUCCAGGAACUGCUAAACAAAUCUGAGGAGCUACUUGAAGUUGUCUGCCCUGACGUUCCAGGACCUCUUAAUACAACACUGAUUACUACAACGGCGGCGCCAGUGGCCAUUACCAUGACUACUUCAAACAUCACCGAACCCAUUCGGUGUGAGGAACUCUUAGAUGUCGUGUUCGUAAUGGAUUCGUCACGAAGUAUCGACGCGCCGCAGUAUAAACAGGAAAAAGAUUUCGUGAAGAGGCUCGCCAAUAUUUUUAAAGUUGGAGCAGGAAGCCGAGCAGCAGUGAUCAUUUACAGCGAUGAGACUCAACUAAAAAUCACAUUUGAUCAGAAUUCCGACUUGAGUAGUUUCUUAUCGGCCGUGGAGUCUUUACCGUACCUGCAGAGAAGGACCAGAAUUGACAAGGCACUGACAAUGACUGCACAAGUAGUGAGACAGGCCAGACCUGGCUUCCCGAAAGUUGUGAUUGUUAUGACAGAUGGCCGUCAGACACGUGACCCAGAUGCACUUGACCUCAAUAUUGCGGCAAAACCAAUUCACGAUCAAGGAGUACGCGUUCUCGUGGUUGGAAUUGGCCCAGAGGUGUCCGAUAAUGAGCUUCAAUUGAUUGUCAACGAUCCUUCAUAUGUUUUUAAAGUCGGGUCAUUUGAAAAUUUGACGAAAGCCACACAAGACGUCGCUGCCACCGCCUGCAUCAAUCCUACUACCACACCAACACCAACACCGGCGCCGAAGCCAGGGAUCUGCCCAGUCUUCCCGUUCAGAAUCAGGUGCGCGGUCACAAUCAGCUCAUGCCUCGCAGAUAGUGAAUGUCCUGGAAGUUUAAAGUGCUGCUAUGACAAUUGCCACUCUAUCUGCACUCGACCAGUUUAUGAAACAACAACCUCUCCCUUCUCUGGUUAUUGUCCGGCUCCGACAGAUCCACCUGGUGGUGUUUGUUCAGCUGGUCGAAGCUCCUGCUCAGAAGAUAAGGAUUGUUCCCCGGGAUACAAAUGCUGUUUUGAUGACUGUGGGUUUUCAUGUCAACCAGCUGUCGGUGGACCCACCACAAUUCCUCCGCCUCCACCAUGUUCAGAAUCAUUCGAUCUGGUAUUCGCUAUGGAUUCCUCCGGCUCCAUAGGAGAAACAAACUACCAAAAAGAAAGAGACUUCAUCAAGGGAUUAGCAAACAAGUUGGUGGUCGGUCCGAGGAACGUUCAUCUUGGUCUCAUGGUAUUCAGUGAUUUGCCAAGUGUGUGGGUCAGCUUUGGCACGCUUAGGAGCACGGACUACCGUUCAUUUUCCAAAGCGGUAGACGGCGCACCAUAUCUUCGUGGACGUACACGUAUAGACACCGCGCUUACGAUAGCUGGUAGGGACGUAUUUCCAGAAGGGCGCCAAAACCAGGAGCCUCAGGUGUUGAUAUUGAUAACUGAUGGUCGUCAAUCUAACGAUCCUGGGUCAGAAACUUUGGAGAAAGCUGUGCAACCUUUACGCGAUCAGGGCAUUAAGAUCAUCAUUGUUGGAAUUGGAGGCGAUGUCGAUAAAGUGGAAUUGAGAUCCCUCGUGGAGAACCCAAAUGAUGAUUUGUUCCUUGUUGGGUCAUUCCUGGACUUGGAACCCUUGUUAAGAAACAAGAAGCUAACUGAUGCCAUCUGUUUAAACACAAAAAAAUACUUUUUCAUGACUAGUGCCUCAAAUAUUUCCAUUAGAGCCCUAUUUGGAGAAGAAGAAGAAUUUCUGACGUCCAUCUCCUUCAGGAGUAUCACAGUGAUGAAGACAUCAUCCGUCGUUGUGGGAACGUUGCUGUUGAUUUUUAUCAAGAUCAGGAUCACACAAGGGCAACAGCGUAUAAGAGAAGGAAGAUGCCCAUCAAUUAGGAGGCGAACUGACUGCCCGGCCUUCGUAUGGGACGAGUGCACCUGCGACUCUGAUUGCUCUGGAAAGCAAAAGUGCUGUCUUGAUGGAUGCAAGUAUGCAUGCCUUGAUCCAGACAAAGGAACACCUUCUGUCAGAAACAAAGCCGACGUUGUGUUCAUAAUGGACUCGUCAGGAAGCAUCGGAGCCGAUGACUACAACCGCGAAAAACAGUUUGUCAAAGAUCUCACUAAUGUGUUUCAAGUGUCGCCAACUGAGGCCAGAAUCAGCACGAUCAUAUAUAGCGACGACCCAAAACUCAUCUUCGAUUUUGACGCAUUCAACGAUUCGCAAAGUAUUAACACUGCUAUAGACCGCCUGGAGUUUUUGGGAAAAAGAACGCGGAUCGAUAAAGCACUGGCAAUGGCCCUAAGGGUGUUCUCCAAAUCUCGUCCAGCCGUGCCCAGAAUCGCUUUUGUCCUCACCGACGGAAAGCAGACCGACGAUUAUGACGCGAAACCGCUGGAUGUAGCCGUCCGACCGCUUCAUGACUUAGGCGUUCACGUUUACGUCAUAGGGAUUGGCACUCACGUCGACCGUAGAGAACUCAGGCUCCUAGCGAGGAGACAAGAAGACGUAUUUACUGUAGCUUCUUUUGAACUACUGCUCAAACAGACUUAUCGUAUUGUAAAUCGAAUAGACACCUAUGAUGCAAUUCCACCCUUGGAGAUCACAGCCGAUAUGAUAUUCCUGGUAGAUUCGUCUUCAGGUAUACCUAGAGCAACGUAUGGGGACCAACUGAAGUUUUUGCAAACAAUUGUCAACCAAUUUAGGAUAUCACCUCGUUACGUUCGAGCAAGUGUCAUCCCAUAUGGAAACACGGCACGGCUGUCCAUACCAUUUGGGAGGCAAACAACUAACGCGGCAAUGAAUCAGUCAAUCGAUUCACUUCCUUACGUUGGAGGCCAAAAACGAAUAGAUAGAGCACUGUGGCUGGCUAACCAAACGUUUUUGCAGGCUAGACCCCUUGUCCCCAAGAUUCUGCUCAUUCUCGCCCAUGGUGGACAAAUGGCAGAUGUUGGCACCAACCUAAGGCUCCCUGUCAAGGCUCUUCGUGACCAAGGCGUCAGCAUCUUCACAAUCGCUAUUGGCGAUCGAGUAGAUUUUUCAACGUUAAGAUACAUUGUUGAAAAUGAUAAUCUCAUCGUUGACAAGUCUUACAAAAGCUUGGAGCCGUACCUUCCACCUGCAGCUAGUUACAUUAGAGUGAAAUCAGACUUCUCGACUCCGCUGAGUAAAGAUGCUGCUGUUGUCUUCCUUAUGGACUCUUCUGAAGAAGUAGAAUCGAAUGAUUUCAAGCGACAGAGAGAGUUUGUGAUUUCCUUGGCAAAGGCCUUCAAAGUUUCUGAAAGGGGGGUACGCGCAAGUGUGGUAACCUACGGCAACUUCAGUCGUCCAACUGUGCAAUUUAAGGACUCUACAGAUGUCAACAAUUUUAUAAAUGCAAUGAUCAGAACCAGUCAAAUAAAAGGAAAACGAUUGAUGGACAAGGCCUUGUUGAUGGCAGUCCGCAUGUUUAAAAAUCAUAACGAGGUGGCACCCAGGGCGGUGAUACUAUUUACUUCAGGCCCUCAUUCGGGUACACUUGACCAGUUGAAAAGCGCCAGCAAAAGGGUUAAAAUGAUAGGUGCGCGAAUAUACGUUGUUGCCAUUGGUUCCUCAGUGGACGAUAGCCAAAUCGGGGGACUGGUGAACAGUUCUGGUGACAUCAGAGAGUUACCUUCGUUCAUGGAUUUACAAUCUGAAAUUCAUUUUGUUGGGAGACACGUGAGCCUUUUACAAGUUUCAGGACCCAGUUUUAUAGCAGAUGUUGUUUUCCUUGUUGAUGCGUCCUCUAGUGUGGGUGUCGUAAACUUCCGCAGGCAAAAGGAAUUUGUUAAAGCGGUAGCCCAGGCUUUGAACUUCGGAGAACGAGCCACGAGGGCCAGUUUAGUGGUAUACAGUGGCACAACGACGCGGGUUACGAACUUCGACAGUCACAAGACACUGGGACAGUUCAAAAACGCAGUAGACAUGGCGCAGUAUUUGCGCGGUGGACGGCGAGUCGAUAGGGCACUGACAGAUGCAGCUCGGCUGCUUUCCAGGGCACGACCAGCCAUUCCUAAGGUAACGGUACUAAUUACCGCCGGGAGGCGAGAUUCAGGCACACCCCUUAGAGAAGUAAGUAGACAACUGGAACGUUACGGGGUGAGGUCAUUCGUGGUUACCAUUGGUGUUUUGCCAGACUUAAAAGACUAUUUGGUUCUUAGCAAGGAACCAGACAUCUUCGAAAUACAGUCAUUCGUCGAUCUUCCCGGAAUACAGAAGUCAUUUUCGCAACAUAUAAUUUCUUCUUUUGAUGUAGCGGAGCCAACUCCUACACCAAUUCUGAAUGUCAUAGCAGAUGUAAUUUUCAUUAUGGAUUCCUCUUCUUCUGUGUCUUCACAAAACUAUAGAAAAGAGAAAGAUUUUGUCAAGUAUCUGGCAACGUACCUUAAUGUUUCGCCAAACAACUCGCGCGCAGCCCUCAUAACUUACGGCAAUGCAGCGUCUGAGGUAGUCGACUUUGACAUCAAACGACCGCGAGCAGACUUUGAAAGCGCAGUGGAAAAAGCGCCUUUUGUCGGACGCAACAGACGAAUAGACCAAGCUCUUGACAAAGCAUCCCAGAUGAUGGCCAACGCCAGGCCAGAGGUUAGGAAGAUAGUUGUAUUGUUGACCUCCGGAAAGCAAGUUCAGGAGUCUGGCAGCAAAACACCCGGUGAAGCAGCAAUUCCUCUUCUAGACAGAGGAGUUUACAAUUAUGUUGUGGCGAUAGGCCGGGAGCCCAACAUCUCUGAGCUACGGCCUGUGGUACAGCAGCCUGCACAAAUUUUCCGGAUGACGUCCUUUGACGACUUGGUGCCUCGGCAAGCGACGGUUGGACAGAUUAUCGUGGAAACGUCAACUGGAUCAGUUACAGACAUUAUUUCUGAUAUUGUCUUCAUCUUGGACUCAUCCAACGACGUCACACGGGAUGAAUACACUGACGAAAAAUCCUUCGUCAAGGAGUUUGCCAGAUACUUGAAUGUCGCGCGUGGAAAGUCGCGUGCUGCGGUCAUAACUUACGGUCAAAGAUCUAACGUCUUAUUCAAAUAUGACGGCUACGACUCGCUGAAAGUCUUCGACGACGUCAUCAACAAAGCAUCGUACGUGGGAGGGACUAAGAGAAUGGACCUCGCUUUAGACGAUGCAGGCCAUUUGUUAAGCGAAGCAAAGCGUUGUAUCCCUCGAUGGGUCAUUUUGUUAACAGCAGGAAGACAGCCUGAUGACCCGAGGGUAAAAUCUCUACUGGAUGCGUCAAAAGCCGUGAGAGACCUGAGUGACAAGGUUUAUGUCGUUGCUAUAGGCAAUAACCCAGAUCCAAAGGAACUUAGAGAUAUAGUUGAAGACCCCAAAGACAUAUUUGCAGCUAGCUCUUUCCAGAGUUUGAAGCCUAAAGCUAGAACAAUUGCCACAGCAGUUGUAGACAGAAAUGACGCUGAUCUCUGCGUGAUCAAGACGUUCCAAGCCACCGUAGUCUUCCUCGUGGACACGACAUCAUUGAUCGGAAGCUUGGAUUUCAGAAGCCAAAAGGAAUUUGUGAAAUCUGUGGCUAAAUCUCUUAACGUUUGUCAAGACAGCUCUCAAGCGGCGAUCAUCACAUAUGGCUCAUUUCCAUCGCAGCAGCGGUCCACCGAUAUUUACAAAGAUUUGUCCUCAUUUGAGCAAGCAGUGGAUAAGUCGCAAUACUUUGGUGGACGUCGAAGGUUACACCUAGCAAUCGACGUUGCAGAACAAUUAUUAAAAACAGUUGCACCUAGCUUUAAAAGGAUUGUUGUUAUUUUGACAGGGGGACAGCCUCUAAUACAGGAUGCCUCUUCGUUGAAGCAAUCCCUCAAGACACUACGUAAUGCUGGAAAUGAAGCGUUUGUCGUAGCCAUAGGUAAAAACUAUGAUAAGGAAGAAUUUCUCCCUGCUGUUCAUAGGCCGGAGGACAUUUUCAGCGUUUCUUCGUUUGAUAAUCUUGUGCCACGGGCCUGUUCAAUUUCGAAAGCGAUUGCUGAGAGAACAGAUCCACAUAUUCCACGUGACUUUAUGGCUGACGUACUCUUUAUAAUGGACUCCUCCGCCGAUGUUUCGCGUGCAGACUACGAGAAAGAAAAAGAUUUUGUCGAGUCCUUGGCAAGUUACUUGAGAUUAUCCACAGGUGGAACGCGAGCAGCAGUUCUGACCUACGGUUACACUACGACCCUUAUAGCUGAGUACGACAGUUAUGAAACACUACAAACUUUCAACCGUGCUGUGGAUAGCGCUUCUUAUAUUGGCGGGUCUGGACGUAUUGACUAUGCCCUGGACUACGCUUCCAGGCAGCUGAAAGACACCAGGCAAUUAGUUCCAAAAAUCGUGGUACUUCUUACAGCAGGUCGUCUGUCACCAGACCAGUCCCUGAGAUUGGCAGCCCAACCACUACAUGACCAUGGUUUUAAGGUGUACGUUGUCACCAUAGGAAACAAACCAGAUACAAUUCAGCUUCUACCGAUUGUGAAAAACGAGACUUUUCUUAUAUCAGUUCCCUCUUUCGACGAUCUCUCGCAAAGAGCGUUGCCUGUGGCUCAAACCCUCAGCAAACAUUCAGACUCAGAACUACCAGCUGACUUCCCAGGGGCGGAUGUACUUUUCAUGGUGGAUUCGUCAUCAGACAUUUCAAACAACAACUAUGAAAAACAGAAAGACCUUGUGAAAAAUUUGAUCAAAACUAUGGAUUCUUUUUCAUCCAAAUCUCGCAUAUCCUUUCUAACUUAUGGCAAUAGACCUCGGGUGUUGUACGGGCUUGAUAACAACAUGAAUAGCGAAGCACAGCUAAGAGAAAUAGACUCAGUACAACCAAUGAGAGGAGGAAGGAGAUUGGACCGCGCCCUUCAAGAAGCAGUUCGGAUCAUGCAAAAUUCUAGGCCGACUGUUCCUAAAAUCAUUCUUCUUGUUGCUGCCGGAAAACAGAUUGAGGAAACUGGAGUACGACCUCUUGAUUCGUACGGUAAAACCCUUCAAAGGCUCGGUGUAGAUGCUUUUGUGUUAGGAAUCGGUAAAGAUGUGGUACCACUAGAUCUAAAACAAAUUGUUCAAGACGCAAAGAAUGUAUUCCUCGUGCAAAUGUUCCAGAGUCUGACGUCGAUUGACCGGCAACUGGCGUAUCAAAUCGUCAAACGAACCAUCGAUGGCAUGAUUGAAACAGAUGUUGUAUUCGUCAUGGACUCGUCUUCUGAGGUGGCACAGAGCGACUACCAGUACGAAAAGGAAGCUGUCAAAACCAUGGCACGCUCCCUGAAAGUUCCUUCGGGUCAAUCUAGAGCUUCUGUCAUAACAUAUGGAUAUAUUCCAUCACGUGUGAUCAAGUUCGAUGGCUACAAGUCAUUUUCCUCUUUUGAAAACCUCGUCAACCGUGCCCAACGCAUUGGUGGGCGACGCCGAAUAGAUUUAGCUUUAGAAGAUGCUGGUAAACUGCUGUCAGAGGCAAGGCCUUCUGUCCGUCGAAAUGUCAUCUUGUUGACUUCUGGAAGGACACACCCUUCAUCAAGAGACUUGUACGUCUCAGCGAAACGUAUUUUCGAGAACAAUGCAGACUUACUUGUCAUUGCUGUAGGUAGAAGACCAAAUUUCAAUAAACUAACUGCGAUUGUAAAGGAGCCAAAAUAUGUCUACAAUGCAUCGUCAUUUUCCGACCUGCGCAGAAAAUCGGAUGAAAUAACGAAGAUCGUCUCUCAAAAGCCAGAAAAACCUGUAAUUUACAAUAACUUCGUCGCAGACAUCGUUUUCUCAAUGGACUCCUCCUUGACUGUUGAUCAAAAUGUUUAUGACAGACAGAAAAACUUCAUCAAAUCCAUGGUGGAAUCGCUCAACUUGUCCACUGAUAAAUCGCGAGUUGCUGUUGUCAGUUACGGAGACACUCCCGUAGAAGUUGUUCGAUUCUCGUCGCCGCAAGAUGAGGCUGCUAUCGCAACAAGAGUAGGCAAUGCACGAAGGGUAAAUGGUAGGAGGGAUAUUGCUAGGGCUUUGCAGUUUUCUGCCUCUCUUCUAGAAAACUCCAGACCCGACGUCUCCAAAGUGAUCAUCUUCCUAACUUCUGGGAGUGAGCUCUAUCUUACGUCACCAUCCCAGGCGCUCAGGGACUAUGGUACCGAUAGAUACGUGAUCGCUAUUGGAUCAAAUGUAGAUGAAGAAGAGUUAACUCCCAUCAUAGACGAACCACGUGACAUGUUUACCAUACGAACUCCACCGGAACUCACGUGGAAGACUGAUUACAUCGUUGAUGAAAUUGUCAAAAGAACAGUGGCCAAGAGAACCGUUUUACCUCUUGACUUUGACGCUGACGUUUUGUUUCUGGUUGAUUCAUCUUCCGACAUGGACCAAGAAAAUUACAACAAAGAGAAAAACUUUGUUAAAUCACUGGCCUAUAUUCUUAAUCUAAGACCUGGACAAACACGUGCUGCAGUUGUAAUAUAUGGCAACUCUGCGCGUUCUGUGAUCGGAUUCACAGACCACACCUCCCCUUCAUCUUUCUUUAGCAGAGUCGAUGCACUGCCUUUCCUUCGAGGUAGAAGACGUCUGGACAGAGCUCUAAUCGAGGGAGGAUCUCUCUUAAACACAGCUCGACCGUUGGCUGAUAAAGUCGUUAUACUUCUUACUUCGGGUCGACAGACGCAAGAGGUAGGAGCUCUACCUUUGAAUCAGGCAAUGGAAUCGAUACGAUCACAUGAUGCAAAAGUAUUCGUGGUUGCUAUCGGUCAGCGAGUGGAUGAAGCGGAGCUUAGACUAUUGAAAAGUGAGCUUUUCUUUGUACCUGGAUUCAACGUUUUGAUACGGAAUUCAACUGGUAUUGCCAAGGAUAUAAAGAAUAUAACAGAUCAAACAACAGAAAGUUCAGGUGCGGAUAUAGUUUUUCUGGUAGACUCCUCUAGUGGCGUCACCGAAGACAACUACAGGAAAGUAAAGGCUUUUGUGACUUCCUUAGCGCAACAGCUCAAAUUCGGGUUAGACAAGACGCGUGUGGGAGUGAUCCUUUACGGUGACUACGCGAGACUAGCAGCCCGCUUCAAUGUCGUUAAGAACGCAGAAAACCUUCGAAGGUUACUUGAUGGUAUUGCACGACUUCAAGGGGGUAGAAGAAUUGAUAGGGCGCUAGUAAGGGCAGCUCAGCUAUUCGGAGAGAGUAGACCGAAUGUUCGUCGAAUACUAGUGCUACUAACAAGUGGAAGACAUACAUCUAACUCCGAAAAUCCUUUCCGAGAUGCCGUGCAACGGCUGGAGACGAAAGGUGUCGACAGGUUCGUUGCCGCCAUUGGACCAAAUCCAGAUCCGGAGCUGACUGUAGUUGCGGAAAGAGAAGAUGUUAUCCGUGUACGUUCCUUCGACAGCUUGCAGUGGCAGGUCAGACAAAUUGCAAAGCACAUUCUCAAAGAAGUAACACCAACACCGACAACAACCCCGACAACAACCCCGACAACAACCCCUUCAACUGUAACGAUGAGCACAACGCCGACACCAACGAUAACACCCGGCUUCAAGGCUGACAUAAUUUUCCUGAUCGAUUCGGCGUUUGACGUCACCACUAAUAACUUCAAUACAGAGAAAGAGUUCGUUAAGGAUCUUUCAGCUGCUCUCAAUCUCUCACCAAGUGGUUCUCGCGUGGCCAUAAUUAUUUACGCCUCCUCUCCUAGUCUAAAAAUAGAGCUUGGAGCACAGAAAACGCCUGAGUCCUUGAGCCGUGGUCUCGACAGACUCACGCGUCUCACGGGAAUGCGAAGAAUGGACCGUGCCUUGGAAUUUGCAUCCGUUAACUUUGACAACAACCUUCCCAAAGCGGUGAGGAAAAUCGUCGUCCUUUUUGCGUCUGGUAAACAAACUGGAGGAGGUAAACCCUUAAGUGAGGCCGUGAAAAGUUUGCAGAAAAUCAACGCAGAAAGAUAUGUUGUAGCCAUCGGCUCUCAAGUCAGUGAAUCCGAGUUACGCCCAGUUGUUUCUAGGAGGAACGACAUCAUUCUAGUGCCUUCCUUUGAUUUGCUCACCUCCAAAGUGAAGACUGUUACUGAACAAAUUAUAAAUGGCUCAAGAUCGUCGAUUCCAUCUGAAUUUAAAUCUGACAUUCUUUUCAUUAUGGAUUCGUCAUCCCCUGUCAACCGGGACGACUUCCAGAGACAAAAAGAAGUUGUCAAGUCGAUUAUGAAAUCAUUCCACGUCACACGCGGACAAUCUCGAGCCGCUGUUAUCACGUACGGUCAGUAUUCGGAGAAGCUGUUACGUUUUAACAGCUAUCUGUCCCUGAAUCACAUGGAGAGUGUCGUAGACACAGCAACGAGUAUCGGAGGCUCGCCCCGUAUUGACGAAGUGCUAGUUGAUGCCGCUGAUGUCUUAAGAGAUGCCAAUCAAUCAAUACCCAGAAUUGUCAUUAUGUUUACAACUGUUCGCGACCUCACUGAUUCACACAAGAAAGCUAUUGACAAAGCUUCGGAGGUGAUUCACGACACGGGAGCCAGAGUGUACAUUAUAGCUGUUGGAAAGGAUAUUGAUAUUGGGAGUUUGAAAAAGGUGGCUGAUUCUCCAGUAGACGUCUUUAAAGUACAGACGUUUAAAGAUCUAAAUGAUUCAAUGGCUGAGAUGAUUUACCAGAGAGUGGAAUUACCUAAACCAGUGGUACCGAUGGAUUUUACGGGUGAUGUUAUCUUUCUUGUGGACUCUUCCUCCGAAGUAAGUCGAGAGCAAUUCAAAAAAGAGAAAUAUUUCGUUGCGUCUUUGGCCAAAGUUCUUAACCUCGGCCCUGCAAAAACCCGAGGAUCUGCGAUAACCUAUGGUAGAUAUGCGUUGGUUGGAAUCGAAUUCGACGACCAUCCAAACCCAACAGCAUUUGAGCAAGCAGUCGAUGAACUCCCCCAAAUUUCUUUCCACCGUAGAAUGGACAAGGCUUUGCGAAGAAGUGCGGAUAUAGUAAAAGUUGCCCGUGCUGACGUCCCUAAAGUCGUCCUCCUCUUGACAGCCGGACGUCAGAGCCCUCCAAGGAAUACUUUGCUUCCAUCCGUUAAAUCGCUGAAAGACCUUGGUACCAGUGUCUUUGUCAUUGGAAUAGGCUCACGGCCAGAUGGUCAAGAGUUACGCUCUAUUGUUGAGGAGCCUGGAGACGUGCUGAGGGUAUCGACAUUUGAUGACUUCUCUCCAUCGAGGACGAGACAAAUCGCGAGGCACAUAGUGAACAGAACAGAUUAUCGGACGCUAGACAUUGAUGCUGACAUCGUUUUCCUGUUGGACACCUCCGGUUUUGGGGCUCAAGGAAACUUCGUGAAAGAGAAGGACUUUGUCAAAUCCAUGGCUAAAGUCUUAAAUGUUGCUCCUGAAUUUUCAAGAGCCGCUGUAAUACUUUUUGGCACUUUUCCGGAUACGAAAGUAAAGUUUGAUGGGUACCGCACUUUGAGUGACUUCAAUGGGCUUGUAGAUAAGGCGCAGCCUUCUCGAGGUUCAAGGCGAAUCGAUCGCUCGCUAGAGGAGGCAUCAAAAGUACUAGUCGACAGAAGGCGAGGUGUACCAUAUAUUGUUGUACUCGUGACCAGUGGAAGACAAUCACAGAGUGGAAAUAGUAUUUCUUUUGAAGAUGCCGUUAAACCAUUGGACAAAAUUGGAGCUCACACGUUUGUCGUUGCGAUUGGCCAUGAUCCAGAUACAUCGAAAAACGUUUUACCCGUACCCUCCUUCAACGACCUUCACUCUCGUGUUUAUAAAAUGGCAAGACAGAUCAAGACCGCUAGUGAGCCAAAACCAGCAAAUAUCUCCGCAGAUAUCAUUUUCCUUAUGGACUCUUCAACCUCUGUUGGUCGAGAAGGCUUCGAUAAACAAAAGAGCUUUGUCAAAUCCUUAGCAAAGUACUUCAAUGUCUCACCAGGAAAAUCCAGAGCGACUGUUAUCGCCUACAAUAACACCGCUCGCACCGUUGUCAAGUUCACUGAUUAUCAGUCGGAAACAAACUUUAACGAAAGGCUUGAUAGGCAGCCGUGGGUUGGUGGUGACCGACGUAUCGACCGCGCUCUGAGGACAGCGGAAUCCCAAAUGCGACAGACACGUUCGGGAGUUCCAAAAAUCCUUAUCCUUCUCACAGCAGGCAGGCAGCCGAGAAGUCCUGAUGUUGUGCCAAUAGGAACUGCUUCCCAGCCAUUGAGAGAUAUGGGAAUCAAGAACAUUGUUGUUACGGUUGGAAACGAAGUAGAUCGCAAAGAUCUGGUUGGUAUGGUUCAAAGUUCAGACGACAUAUUCAGUGUGGCACUGUUUGAUGACCUUCGCUAUGAGGUGCAGCCAGUCGUGAAAUACACUGUUAAUUUUUUCGAAUUGCCCAUUUAUGAUAUAAAGGCAGAAGUGCUCUUCCUAUUAGACGCCUCUAAACAGACUGGGCGAGAAAACUUUGACAAACAAAAGGCGUUUAUCAAACUACUGGCUCGAUCUCUUAACGUUUCUCCCGGAAAAUCCACUGCGGCUGUGAUAGCAUACUCCUCAGAUGCAAUUAUUAACAUAGCGCUGGGUAAUUACGAUACCGUUCAAGAAUUUGAACGCAACGUGGAUAGCAUACCUUUCUUUGGAGACUCUAGAAAACUGUAUAGAGCAUUGGAAGAGGCCGCUCACUUGUUUCAAAAUGCUACAUAUUCUGAUGUUGACAGAAAGGUCAUCUUGAUAACUGGAGGGAGACAGACACCAGACGAAGAUGAGGAGCCACUAGAUAAAUUUAAGAAGUUGCUCCUUGAUUUUGGUGCCCUCCCAUUCAUUGUUGCUGUAGGGAACGACCAUGACAACCAAACACUUAGAACUGCUGUCGCAGAUCCCGGCGACAUUUUCAGAAUUCCAACUUUCAUUGAGUUGUUAUCUUCUGUAUCUUCCACUGCUGCCAGAAUAGCCAACAGGAAAGCGCCUCCGAUGAAACAAGACGAAUACAUUAUCUUUCUCUUGGACUCUUCGUCUACCGUGCAACAAGGACAGUUCCAAAGACAAAAGGACUUCAUUAAGUCUUUGGCAGAAUACUUGCAAAUUGGAAGCUCUGAUAAAACCAAGGCUGCCGUCAUCAAUUACGGAAGUGUGCCUUCAGCAAGAAUUAAAUUUGAUGAUUACACGAACCUUAAAGGCUUUGAAAGUGGUAUUGAUAGGAUCACUCCGGUUCGAGGAAGCAGACGAAUCGAUCAAGCCCUCGGUGAGGCGGCUGUCAUUCUGAGAGAUAUUGAUCAAUCGUCCAAAAAAAUUCUUCUCCUUCUGACGGCUGGGCAACAGGCUAAAGAAUCUGAUGUCACCCCUCUCGAUGUAGCUAUCGGACCAAUGCGAGACAUGAGAUCCCACAUGUACGUGGUCGCUCUUGGUAAUGAGCCGAGCACACAAGAGCUUCGUCCGUUAGUGACAAAGCUGGAGGAUAUGUUCCGUGUACCAUUUAAUUUCAUGGAACGUAUAGUACCAAGUAUUGUUGACCACAUACGUAAAGAAAAUCCAUACCCGGGGCCCACACACGAUGUCUUGUUUCUAAUGGACUCAUCCGAUGUUGGUAGGUCCGAUUUCUAUCAAGAAAUCCGCUUUGUGAGAGUUUUAGCCAGAGAAUUGAGCGUAACUCCAGCUGAAUUCCAAAUGGCGGUUGUCACUUACGGAAACAGAUUUUCCUCAGUAGUACGUUUCGGCAGUUACGAUUCUCUACGAGAAUUCGACACUGCAGUCAGCGCCAGUGUCUAUCAAGGUGGAGCAAGAAGAAUGGAUAGAGCAUUUGAAGCGGCGUCAACGAUUUUGUCAUCAAGAAACCCAGCAUCCAAGAAAACAGUAGUUCUCCUGACUGGCGGUAGGAACUCCAGGGAUGCUGAUCCGAACUCUCUUUUACGUUCAGUUCAGCCUCUGUUCAAAAUGGAAGCAACAGUUAUAGCUAUGGCAUUUGGCGAUAGAUACGAUGAGCAAGAGCUUCUCCCAACUGUGAAAAAGCCGCAAGAUAUCCGCUCAGUGCCACAGGCUUAUGAUCUCGUCCGAUACGUUAGCGAAAUUUCAAGACGCAUCAUCAACGGUCCAGUUGAGCCAAAGACACCAAAAUUGGAUGCCGAUGUCCUAUUCGUUAUGGAUUCUUCUUACGAAGUCAAUCAAGAAGAGUACAAGUCUGAGAAAGACUUCAUCAAGUCUCUUAUUCGAAGUCUGAACGUGUCGACAGAUACAUCCCGUGCGGCCCUGAUUUCCUACGGUGAUCUGGGUUCACUGAGUUCCCGUUUCAUUGGCCUUAAAAGAGUUACUGAUUUUGACAAGGUAGUUGACAAUGCUUCUUACGUUGGUGGAGAAAGAAGGAUUGACAGAGCCCUGGAAACUGUGACACAAAUUCUGAAGGAAGCAAGAGCUGGAUCUUCCAAAGUUGUGAUAUUCCUCACGGGUGGAAGGCAAGCAAGUAGCGGAAGGCGUCUUGACGAAGUGGUGGGAACGCUUCGCGAAAAUGGUGCCAAAACGUAUGUCAUUGCCAUUGGAACGAAAUCAGAUGCGCAGGAAUUCAGACCGCUCGUUGCUUCACCGGAAGAUUUGGUUACAUUACUUUCGUUUAAGGAGUUAAAUUCUCAGAUAUCAAAGGUUGCAAGUCACAUCAGUGAGAAAGCAGUUUGCUUGAGACCAGAUUAUAUCUUAGACGUCGUUUUCCUUGUGGACACAUCAACUGGGGUCGACGCUCUGCGCUUAAACGAGAAAAAGACAUUUGUCAAGUUGCUGGCUAAGUGUUUUAAUGUCUCACCUGGGAAGUCUCGGGCUUCUGUGAUCACAUUUGGUACUACCACUUCUCGUGAAAUCGAUUUUAACAGUUAUGAGAGCACACAAGCAUUUGAAGCGUUGGUAGACGGCAUGUCAUCAAUAGGCGGAGAACGCAGGAUAGAUAAGGCCCUAGAAGCUGCAGCAGAGGUCUUUAAAAACUCACUUCCCUCCGUCCCCAAAUUGGUUGUUCUUUUGACAAGUGGCCGACAACCCGCGAAUGCGCUGUCUUUCUCCGAGGCUGCAAAACCUCUGCACUCAAUGGGCGCUAUAUUUUAUGUUAUUUCCAUUGCCAAUAAUCUCGAUAAGAAGUAUUUCGAAGCACUAGUGGACCACCCAUCGCAGGUAUCCCAGGCGUUCUCUUUUGGAUCGCUGAACUAUGUUUUACCACAAGUGACACAAGGGGUGGAACAGGGUGUUACUAGCCGAAUGCAGUUGAAUGCUGACGUUAUAUUUCUGAUGGACGCCUCCACGGCAGAGAACGCAAGAUAUUUCCGAAGUCAAAAGGACCUCAUAAAAUCAAUCGUGAGGAGUAUUGGAAGUUCACCUGAUAAACUGCGUGCAAGCUUGGUCAUAUACAGUUCUUCUGCAACUGUGUUAGCAAGUCUGAAUUCUUACACUAACCUUCAGAGCUUUGAAGUAGAUGUUGACAGGGCACCAUAUCUCACAGGUCGGAGGCGAAUGGACUUGGCUCUUGCUGCCGCUGCCGGACAGCUGUCGCAAUCGAGACCAAAUGCUGCAAAGAUUGUCAUUUUGAUCACCACCGGACUACAGGCUCAAGUGGUUGGCAUGACGCCACUAGAUGAAGCAUCCAAACCCUUACACGAUGCUAACGCUAACAUAUUUGUGAUUGGCAUUGGUAAAAAACCUGAUCUCCGAGAGCUUACCAUGGUCACGAAAAAUCCUGUCGAAAUCAUUCCAACCCCAGACAACGUCAUCGUUAACAUACAUUUGUGGUUAAGACAACUUAGACAGCAGGUCAAUAAAGAAAAAGAAUCACCACUCAUAUACAAGGCAGAUCUCAUAUUUCUUGUGGACUCGUCCAACGAUGUUAACAGUGAAGUUUUCAAAGAACAGAAAGACUUCAUCAAGUCAAUCGUUGGAAAAUUCCUUAUCGCAUCGAAUCAAACCAGAGUGGCGGUGGUAAGGUAUAGCUCUAGUGCUGCAUCUGUCAUUACUUUCAGUACCUUUGAGAACCUUCUCGAUCUGGUUAGAGGUAUUGACCGCAUUCGGUACGUUGGUGGUAUACGGCGAAUGGAUGCAGCUCUCAAAGAAGCCAAUAAACUUCGAGAAACAGCUCGAUCAGACGUCCCGACCUAUGUUAUAUUUCUGACAGCUGGGCGUCAAGCACUGACAGCAGUUUCUACUCCACUCGACAGGGCUGCUCAACCAAUACUUGACUCCACCGCACGUAUGUUUGUUGUAGGCAUUGGCCCUCGUCCCGAAGAGAUGGAAUUGCGUUCCAUGGUGGAACGUAGUAGAGAUGUCUUUAGGUUCCCUUCAGAGAAAUUGCAAGAAGAAGUUCCGUUGUUUGUGAUAUACAUGGCAUCCCAAACAGGCGCACCAAUGCUGAGAGGCUUUAAAGCUGAUAUUCUGUUCCUGGUAGACUCCUCCCAAACCAUCAGCAAGAGGAAGUUCCUUAGAGAACUUGAAUUUGUCAAGGCAUUCGCUCGCAAGUUUGACAUCUCUCCGGAUAAAUCACGCGUUGGCGUUAUAACUUUUGGUAGCACACCGAUUCCCAGCAUUCGAUUCGAAGAAUACGGCAACAUAUUAUCGUUUUCAGAAGGUGUUGACGUCGUUCCUUACCAGGGAGGACAGAAACGUCUAGACAAAGCGUUGAUAUUUGCUGCAAGAGUUCUCUCUAAGGCGCGGCCGAAAGCUAUUAAACUCCUGGUAUUACUAACAGAUGGGCAGCAGCCACUUGGUUACGACCAAAAGGAGGUUUCCGUUGAUCUGCUGCAUCGAUUAGGGGUGCACAUCAAUAUCGUCGGAGCUGGAAGAAAUGUUUCGAUGCAAGAACUAAGAAAAUUGACGUUAAGUCCUGAUGACCUGUUUUACUCGAGGACGUUCGAUACUUUGAUUCUUCAGUCCCCAGUCGUUUUCAAACGCACAAUGAACGUUGUGCAAUCGCACCACCAACUUCAACACGGCCUUUUCCUAGUCGAUUCAUCAUUGUAUCGCACUAGGGGGGAGUUUGAAAGCCAGAUAAACUUCGUCAAGUCAAUAGCUAAACGUCUUCAUGUGUCCCCAACCGGAACACGCGCUGGAGUCAUUCUGUAUGGUAACGAACCCAAGCUGAGUGUAGGACUAAAUGAGUAUAGUACUCUUCCGGAACUGUACACUUUAUUGGAUAAUCUCGCCCUUGAAAGCGGUGGUCGUCAACUCCAUAAGGCGCUAAUAUUAGCCAGGGAAACUCUGCAGAAAUCUCCUCAGGAAAUACCUAAGUUCGUUGUUGUCAUCUUAGAGGGUCAACAGUACUCUUCAGGCUCAUUAUCGUUACUACGUGAUGCAGUCAGGCCUCUUCAAGCCCUCGGCGUCACUGUCUAUGUUAUUGGAAUUGGAGAAAAGCUGAACAGACAAGAACUCUACACCAUGGUACAGACCUCUCAAUACAUUAUACGGGUGCCGCGUUUUACCGAACUGUUACGUCAGAUGGAGUUCAUCGCAUAUCGCAUAGAAACGACAUUAACAGAUCCAUGUCACGAAACCCUUGAUGUGGGAUUUGUGAUCGAUGCUUCCGGUAGCGUAGGAAUGGACAGGUUUUCAAGGGAGAAGAAUUUCGUGAAGCUGGUCUCCAGGCGUUUUGCAGCAAUAUCUCCUGACACGAGACUAGGUCUUCUGGUGUUCAGUGAUACGCCAAAGCUAUCCGUCGACUUUGCUGACUAUGAAGGUAAAACGAUCGAACAAUUUCAAGCAAACGUGGCAGAAGUUGAGUUCCAAGAUGGAAGAUCAAGAAUAGACCUGGCCUUGAGGGCAGCAUCACAAGAUUUCUUCACCAAUAGACGGAGCGGAGUUCCAAGGGUUUUAAUCCUGGUCUCAGAUGGACGUCUGUCAGAAGAUCCGGGAUAUUAUCCGUUAGCUACCGCUGUAAAACCUCUGCAGGCUCAACGAGUGAGAAUCGUAGGUGUCGGUUUUGGAGACAGUGUAGACGUUGACAACUUAAAGGAGAUCACCGGAAGCAAAGAUCGUAUUCUUUUAGAUGAAGAGAUCGACGACCUCGACAGACUUCAAAUGGAGCUCGUAUCAAAAGCCUGCGAAGCCUAGAACAAAUGCUCGAAGAAGAAGCUGAGUGAGAGAGACUGGAAGGCAAUAUAUAGAGUUUUAAGUUUAGAAGAACCUCAACAUUGUAAUCUGCCUCUUACAUAGCUUGCGCGACUUAUUUAGAAGGCCAUGUAGUGUCUUAACUACAGAAACAAUUUCAAUCCUAAUUUACUUGGAUGGAGACAGAUCGUGAAUUUCCGAUAGGCUCAGAACUCUGUCUUUGUUUAAGCGCGAUAAGUUUUUCUCUUGCUAUUCUCCUCUUAUAAAACGUUAUUUUACUUUGCAAAGUUAGGAACCAUAGCGAAAAUCAUCAUUAAAGGCUUAAACGUGUCUCAGCUUGAAGAAGAAUUAAUUGAUACUUAUAUUCGACGAUUUUUUUUUUCUAUGUAGCUUCGCGGAUAUGUUCAGCAGAUUUUCUACCAAAUUUCGAGAAAUAUGCUUUGACCAUAUCGUCAAAAAGGUUGUGCUCGUUCAUACAGGUAAAGUACAGUAUUAAUAAAAGGCUUAUUUCUUGAACAACAACUUUCAUGUGGGUGCCCAAGUUUACGUUUUUUACCGACCUUGCUGUUGACCUUUAUUGGCGUUCUUGUUUUAGCUUUGGCACACUUGGAUUUAUUGUUGAAUUAAAGGUAUUUAUUGCCUUCUUGUA